CAUUUGUUUUAGCUUGAUGAGUAAAACAGUAAUUCACAUAUCGAGUUCAAGAAACACCUAGAGCGAUUAUACAAAUUAUCUAGUUACAUACUUUUUACAUGUAGUUUAAAAGUUCCAUAUUUUUCUAGCAUUUUUGAGAAUUCUAGAACUAGUUCUCGUUCUUUGUAUGACCUUGAGCGAAAUAUUUAAACAAUGCUUUAUGGGUGCAUUGUGAUAAUGAUAAUGAUAACCUAGUUAACAUAACCGACAAUAAUGCCGUGCAACAAUUCACGUUUUCUAUCGGUAGUGUUUGGUUAUAUAAGGCGGUGCAUCGUAUGCCAGUUAAACAUUUGCCAAAUGUUGUGUUACUAUUCGUUUAUCGUACUUUGGUUGGUAGUUCUGUUGUUCGGUGGCUGUAAAGCAGAGCGCAAAUGGGAAUAUGAACCUUUGUCGGUCACAGCCUUUACUUCGGAUGCCUCCCAAAUGAGUCUUGAUCCAAAAAUCGUUCAAAUGGGCCGCGGAGAAAUUGGAAUAUCCAUUGUAAUAGAGUGGCGCUACGAUACGACUGAAGAAACCAUGGUGGAAGUCGUGGUCUACAGAAGCUCUUCGGGUGAUGAAGGCGACUACAAGCUGCUUCCUUUUGCGAUUCCCAGGCAACCAUUCCACGAUUAUGUCAACACCUACUUCAAGGAUGUUUUUUUGAAGAUGUUGGCACCCUGUUCUAAUUUUCCACAGUUUGAAGGCGACUUGUUACCGCCGUGGCCUCAGGACAAGUACGUCGCAGACAAGUGCAUCUUUGAAGGCGAAGGACUCCCAGAUAUGCUUCCGCCCGGACACUACAAGCUUAUAUUGAACUGCUCUGGACCUGAUCAACCCUCAUGGGGUUUAGCUGGUGUUUUUAAGCUUACACCCAAACUUGUUUAACUUAAAAACAAAAACAAGGAAACCUAUAAAAUAGCAAGAAGGUUUAAAUUCGAGACUCAGUUAUUUUAUGUAAAAACAAGAAAAGAAACCUUUGCAUUCAUUAAAUAUGUCGAACAAAA